AUGGCAGGUGUGGCAGCACUAGUGCGGAAAACUCGAGAAUAUGUGAAGACCAAGGAGUUCAGGGAUUACAUAACUAGCACCCACUUCUGGGGUCCUGUGGCCACCUGGGGCCUUCCAAUGGUUGCCUUCAGGGAUACGAAGGCGCCACCCGCUAUUGUCAGUGGCCGUAUGACAAUAGCCCUCACGUUCUACUCCUUGACUUUCAUGCGCUUUGUCUACUGGCUCCAGCCUCGAAAUUAUCUGCUGAUGGCCUGACAUUUCACCAACGCGGGUGAGAGCAUGCAGGCCAGCUGGUACCUGAUGCACCACUAUGGUGGUGGGGUCUAGGCCAGCAACCCGCCAACCAAAGCUUGA